AGCCAGCCUCCUGCGCUCUUUUCACCACCGCACAAACUAAGUCCGCAACCUCUUGACCUUGAUCCCCUACGUCACUAAACAAAAGCAACCAGUUGGUUAGAGCUCACCGAAAGGCUUGCCUGCGCGGUUCGGAGGGAACUGUAGACAACCUGAGACGCUUAUAAGUAGUUUCACAGCUUUCGGGGGCCUUGACUGUUUGUGAGGGAGUGCAUAGAGAAAUGGAGCGGCAAGACUGUGCCGGCUCGAGCUCGCAAGGGCCCCCGCAAGGCCGCGGAGGAACGCAGCCGCGCGGCAUCAAGCAACUGCCUCGGUUUGACGCGGGCGUGAUGGAGACCUACUUGGACGACAUGCGCGACAUGAAGGCGAAGGUGUACCAGAUGUUCCGCGAGCACCCCGAGCUGCUGCCGAACGUGGAGGAGGGCCUGUCAAAAGAGGAGCAUCGCGAGCUAGUGCGCCGCUCGCUCAAGGUAAUCCUGCAGGCCGGCUACAGCCCUCUGGACUUCCUGGCUCGUGACCCGCGCAAGUACUUUUACCUGGGCGAGUGCUUGUCCAUGGUGGACCUGUCGCUCAUGGUCAAGAGCGGCGUCCAGUACAGCCUGUGGGGCGGCUCUGUGCUCAACCUGGGGUCGGAGGCGCACCGGCGGCGCUACUACGACGACAUCGCGCAGCUGCGGCUGCCGGGCUGCUUCGCCAUGACGGAGCUCAAACACGGCAGCAACGUGGCUGCGCUGCAGACGGAGGCUGUGCUGGACGUGCUGAGUGACGAGUGGGUGGUGCACACGCCGGAUGAGGGCGCCAUCAAGUGGUGGAUAGGCAACGCAGCGGAGGACGGCCGCGCAGCCACCGUGUUCGCCAGGGAGGGGGUGCAGGGGGUGGGUGUGGAGGAUGGCCGCGCAGCCACCGUGUUCGCCAGGCUCAAGGUGCCGGACCCCAACGGCGGCCCCAAGCUGGUGGACCAUGGCGUGCACGCCUUUGUGGUGCCCAUCCGCGACGCCAACGGCAGCACACUGCCGGGCGUGGAGAUCCGGGACUGCGGGUACAAGGUGGGCCUGAACGGCAUCGACAACGGCGCCAUCCGCUUCACGCACGUGCGGGUGCCGCGCGGCAACCUGCUGGACCGCUUCGCCAGCGUGGACAAGAGCGGCCGCUACAGCAGCCCGCUCACCAGCCAGGCGCGCAGGUUCGCUGCCACGCUGGGCGAGCUCACGGGCGGCCGUGUGGGGCUGGUGGCGGGCAGUGUGGGCGUGCUCAAGGGCGCCGUGACCAUUGCGGUGCGCUACGCCUGCCUGCGCCAACAGUUUGGCCCACCCGACUGCCCCGAGGUGGCCAUCAUCGACUACCAGUCCACACAGCUGCGCCUCAUGCCCAUCCUGGCCACCGCCUACGGCCUGCACUUUGCACGUGGGCUGCUCACAGACAAGUACGUGGACAUGAAGCGCACGCGCGAGCCGCGCCUGGUGGAGGAGGUGCACGCGCUGUCGGCCGGGCUCAAAGCCUACACCACCUCCUACACGCAGGCCGCGCUGUCCACCUGCCGCGAGGCGUGCGGCGGGCACGGCUACGCGGCUGUGAACCGGCUGGGCGCACUGCGGUCGGACCACGACAUCUUCCAGACCUUUGAGGGCGACAACACCGUGCUGCUGCAGCAGGUGUCCGCCAUGCUGCUCAAGGAGUACCGGCAGCAGUUCUCCGGCGCCCCCCUCACCGCCACCUACCACUACCUGCGCGCGGCGCUGCUGGGCGCGCUGCCCAACAACCCGCUGGUCACGCACGACACGGAGCCGCGCCACCUGCGCGACCCGGCGUUCCUGGCCAAGGCGCUGGAGUACCGCACGGCGCGCAUGCUGUUCACGCUGAGCCUGCGGCUGCGCAAGGCCGGGCCGCGGCUGGGCGCCUUCCACGCCUGGAACAAGUGCCUGACGCACGUGCUGGACCUGGCCAACGCCUACGUGGAGAGCGUGGUGUACAAGACCUUCCUGCGCGCCGUGGAGGGCUGCGUGGACCCCGAGUGCCGCCGCGCGCUCAAGGCCAUGUCGGACCUGUUUGCGCUGCGGCUGAUUGAGGGCGACAUGAUGUUCCGCAACGACGAGUACAUCGCGCCCUCCAAGGCCAAGGCCAUCAGCCGGCUGGUGGUGUCGCUGUGCAGCGAGCUGAGGGGCGUGGCGCUGCCGCUGGUGGACGCCUUCGCCAUCCCCGACCACAUCCUGCGCGCGCCCAUCGGCCUGGGCGGCAGCGGCGGCACCGGCCCGCAGCCCGACAUCUACAAGGAGUACCUGCACGCCGCCGGGUUCGAGGUGUGAGGCGCUUGAGGUGAGGAGUGCCUGCACGCCGCCGGGUUCGAGGUGUGAGGCGCGUGAGGUGGGGAGUACCUGCACGCUGCCGGCUUCGAGGUGUGAGGCGUGCGAGGCAGGCGGAAGCAGUGCGAGGAAGUGGGGUGGCUGAGGCGUGCGAGGUGGAGGUGUGUUGAGGUGGAGGGCGCGCACGGGACGCAGGCUGGGCAGAGGCGCGCAGGGCGGUCACGACGGCGGUGGCGGGACGCCCCCCGUGGCAGGAGGCGGGGUGGCAGGCGGCACUGGCGGCAGAAGCGGGGAGGAGCUGCGUGUGUGCCUGCUGGGUGGGGGAGGCGCUGCGCGUUUGUGUAUGUGUAGAGCAAACCCAUAGGGGUGGCACAUAAGUCUCUUUUGGCUGGUGAAGCCGGCGCUUGGGUUGGUGGUAUGUUCUGGUAUACACGCGUGACAAUGUUUUUGUCGGGCCCAUUAUUUCUGCUUUAUUUCAGUUUGCUCAAAGUAGUGCAGUGAUUUGUGUGGAUGAUAAUGCUUUGCAAGCAUGGCAGCGCGGAAUCACUUCACGCACAGCAACCCUGCUGGGGUGCAUUCCACACGCGCCUCACACGUGAAAGAGCAAUCGCGCGCGCCGGAUUUGGCGACACACGGACUCCCAAUAAUGCGCUGGCUUCACUGCUUUUGCUUUGGGGAUCCCCCUAAUGACUUGCGGCAUUCUUUGAGCCUCGUACACUGGUAGAAGUCUAGCUUGAUGUCUGGUGGCUUUAGUGGGAGCGCGGUUGCCAGGCGUAAGAAAGCGGAACGCUGCCGGCAAAUUUCCUGUCACGGAGGAUGUACACGUGGUGGACGAGGGAAUUUAGAUGUGGCCGCGUCACAGUAGAGCUUCUCCAGGCUGAUUGUGUGUUGUUAGAUACGGUACUGCCCAUCGCAAGAGGUGCAGUGAUUCGCACACUUCGCAGGGGGCACAGAGAGGUUACCGUGGCAAAGCAAUGUAAGCAAAUCAACCUGGCAUUGCGUUCGUACGGACUCUCCGUCACAGGUUAGCGCGCCAGGCGUACCAAACAUCAGGCAUUGCAACCCACAAGCUACUGUUUAUAAAACACACAAACACAUUAGUCGUGCAUUCACGCCUUGUGGGAUUCAUGGGCCGGGAUAACAGCCAUCACACUCGGGACUGUGUGCUCCUCACCACCCUCUGCUCUUGCUUGUACCAGGAAUUCAACGGCGCGCGACCACAAUCAGGCGGGAGCAGUGCCCAGCGUCUAGGGAUGCCAAAAGGGGUGCCCUUCUCCCCUGCUGGCGUCCGUGAACUCAGAAGAGAAACGUGGAGACCCCGCGCAGCUCGUAACAUCUUCAGUUGCUGCACAGAGCUGACACCACCACACACAAGCACCAUACAGUACACGUGCGACUGCACCAGCACCCGCGCCUCCACGCGCCACCGCAAAAGCCUGCCAUACAUAUACACGUACACAGCGGUUUU